AUGUCUACUCCCACUAGUAAUAAUGAUGACUCUCCCAAAUCACAAAGGAAGAGCCGUGCCCACACCCUCACGCGGGUGCGCAACAACCAGCGCCGUUGUCGCGAGCGGCGUCGCCAGUAUAUAGCUGCCUUGGAACAAAGGGUUGAAGAAACAGGACGUCUGCUUGAAGAGGCUCGUGCAGAGAUUGACAGUCUGAAAUCCCAAUUGAUGGAGUGCGGGUCUCGCCGUCGCCACCAUUCUCAUCAUGCUAAUCAACCGGCUGAGGGGGGGAGUGCGGUGAGCUACUCUGGUGGUGGUGGUGGUGGUGGUGGUGGUCGUGGUGGCUCAAUAGACGCGGCAGCUUGGAUGAUGCCUUUAGGCCAGCAGGGUGGAUAUAGACAGGUAUCCGGGCAGAUUGAAGAGGUAGGAGAAUUACCUGCUCUACUUCCUGGCCCUCUUCCUGCCCCUCCUCAGAGGGAAGAUGACUGGCCUGCCACUACAUCACAUCAGCAAACUUCAGAUAUUGGAUGCAAUGCUACCCCGAACAUGCUCGCCCUCCAGCAAUUAGACAACACCCACCCGAGACGACCUUCUUCGUCUUCUUUGUCUCUCGCAAAUCAACGCGAAACUGCUGUCUGCGGAUCCAGGCCCCCAAACGCCGUCAAUUCAUAUACUAGAUUAACUACUAGUACCAACGCGCCCUCACCACUCAGCACACUUUGGACACCGACUUUAACAGCACUUCAACUAGAAGGUUUUAUCCUUCCAGAUAUCCCCGAUACAUCCAACUGUGACUACACUGUAUCUCCAGCCGAUGAAUCCACAACUCCUUGUAGCCAAGCCUUCAUCUUCAUAUCCCAGCAGAACUUCAAGGGACUUGACGCAUCGUCUAUUGAACGGUGGCUGUGUCGUGGAUUUCGACAGGCGACAGACCCUAGAGAAGGGUGUCGUGUUGAAAAUACCUUGUUGUUGCAGUUGUUAGAUUUCCUCUUCAGUUACGAAUCCUUAGAUUCCGCUAUACGUUCCAGUUGGGGGAAAGCAGGAGGCCUCACAACUUCACGGAGAGGGGCUCCUAAGGUUCUAGAGAACCUGGGAAAUGUAACUCUUAACUAUUUGAACCAGCCAGUCUCGCCCCUCACGCUUAUCGCGCUUAUCCACCCAACCGCUGCAACACCACCGCACCGCGACAUUGACUCGCUGCUAUACUUACCAACGCCUUGA